AUGGCUAGCUAUGCAAUUGCCCUCUCUUUGCUCCUUGCGACAGUGCUUCUUGCCACUCUCAAAGUUGAGGCCAGAGAGAUGCAAUAUUUUUCCCACUUUAAUAUUCCACAGGACGAGCAAUCCGCUUUAAAACCCGUACCAGAAAUCAAUAAUUAUAACAGGCGCAACUUCGAAAAUCACGAGAUCGACAUCCCAACAGAAGAAUUCAUCGCAAACAUUCAAAAAGAUUCUGCGGAAAGUAAUAGCUUCCCUCACGGUUUUGAUAAAAAUUCUUAUAUCACUGCGCCGCAAGGCGUGCAUGCAUCGGAGAACAAGGAAUUCGAAUUAACCGCCGAAGAACAAAAAUUCUUCAAUGAGAAAGAUCGGAUGAAUGGCUACACCAACAUGAAGGUACGCGAGAAUGUUAAUGCUAAGGAGGCGCAAGGGAUGAGUGAUACGAGGACUCUAGAAAACGGCAAGUACUAUUAUAACCCUAUGAGCGAUAUUAGAGCCAGUGGUAAAUAUAACAGUGCGUACAAGUCCAAGUAUGAUGAGUUUCGACAUUUGGAAGACUUCGAAUUUAAUCCUCAAAAUCCAGAGGGAUAUUUUCCUUGA